ACCAUAACACCACACACAACACCACCACCACCGCCUCCUCCACACACCCACGAACACACCCCCCCGCACACACAAACACGAAGAAAAUGUCCGCCCCAUCACCCGCCGCCUCCCCACCCGCCGCCCCCGCCUCAACCGCCGCCGGAAUCACGGACGGCCUCUCGACACUGGAGAAGCAGCGCCAGCUGCUCGCCGCAAAGCUGGCAUCGCAGCAGCCCGCUGAGUCAUCCACCAGUCCUACCGACCAGAUGAUGACGCCCGUGAGCAAGAAGCUGGCUGAUCACAAGAAGAAGGCGUAUACGAAAGCGAAACCCGGAUCGCUGGCUGGGCGUUUACGCUCCCUCGGCGGCGGCGGGGGUGGCGGCAUGGGCGGCGGCAUGGGCGGCGGCAUGCAGUCGCUAAAGAAGCCGUCGCCGUCACCGCCGAAUGCGGGGCUGCAGGAGGAUCCGUUCGCUGCUCCCACUCCCGCUCCUGCCUCCUCCUCGUCAUCGUUCUCCUCGUCGUUGUCGUCGUCAGCGUCGACGUCGUCUUCGAGCGGAACGCAGUAGUUGCUCCAUGCUGCUUGCGGAUAUCUGCGAUAUCAACCAGACGGCAGAAACGAAGCACGGUAGCCACUAUGACAAUUCGCAUACAACUGUUGGUCUUCUGCGCAGCUGGCUGGUCUACUGGUCUAUUCUUUAUUUGAUCUUUUGCUCUCGGAGUUUUCGUUUCUUUUGAGUUUUCUUUUUCGCUUUCUUUGCGUGUAUAUUAUCUAGGGACGGAUGGGUUGGGAUGGGCUGGGCUGGGCUGGCUGGUUGGGAUGGGUUGGGUUGGGUAAUGGUGUUCGUAUACUCGGUUCGGGUUUGGGUUUGCUUGCUGUCUGUCAGUCACUCUGUCUCUGUCCGUCUCUCUAAAGAUUGUCAUGUUUCGUUUUUCCCACUGUUAAUGACCAUCAUGGAAUUGCUUGCGUGCGCACGGAUAUCACAGAACCGCGGAAUCGACCGAACAAGGAAACAACG